CGGGGCGGGAUGACGAAGUUGACGAGAGGGUCGGCAAGAGCGGGUGGAGGAAGGAGCGCGUGGCGCGGUGCGUAGUGGGUGGCUCCGCCUCGACUGCGAGUUAGUGUUUAUGAGGAGGAUGCUAGUGGUGGAGGUGGCGAACGGUCGCUCCCUGGUGUGGGGAGCCGAGGCGGUGCAGGCCCUCCGGGAGCGCCUGGGUGUGGGGGGCCGCACGGUAGGCGCCCUGCCCCGCGGGCCCCGCCAGAACUCGCGCCUGGGCCUCCCGCUGCUGCUGAUGCCCGAAGAGGCGCGGCUCUUGGCGGAGAUCGGCGCCGUGACUCUGGUUAGCGCCCCGCGCCCAGACCCUCAGCAUCACAGCCUGGCCCUGACAUCCUUCAAGCGCCAGCAAGAGGAGAGCUUCCAGGAGCAGAGCGCCUUGGCAGCUGAGGCCCGGGAGACCCGUCGUCAGGAGCUCCUGGAGAAGAUUACGGAGGGCCAGGCUGCCAAGAAGCAGAAACUAGAACAGGCUUCAGGGGCCAGCUCGAGCCAGGAGGCUGGCUCGAGCCAGGCUGCCAAAGAGAACGAGACCAGUAAUGGCCAGGCUUCGGGAGAGCAGGAGGAAGCCGGCCCCUCCUCUUCCCAAGCAGAACCCUCAAAUGGGGUAGCCCCCUUGCCCAGAUCUGCUCUCCUUGUCCAGCUGGCCACUGCCAGGCCUCGACCUGUCAAGGCCAAGCCCCUGGACUGGCGUGUUCAGUCUAAAGACUGGCCCCACGCCGGCCGCCCUGCCCAUGAGCUGCGCUACAGCAUUUACAGAGACCUGUGGGAGAGAGGCUUCUUCCUCAGUGCGGCUGGCAAGUUCGGAGGUGACUUCCUGGUCUAUCCUGGUGACCCCCUCCGCUUCCAUGCCCACUACAUCGCUCAGUGCUGGGCCCCGGAGGACCCCAUCCCACUCCAGGACCUGGUUGCUGCUGGGCGCCUUGGAACUAGCGUCAGAAAGACCCUGCUCCUCUGUUCUCCACAGCCUGAUGGGUGUAAGUCUCAGGAGAUCUCAAUAAACUUGUUAUAUAAAUGUUCAUGAUUUGAAUGUUUAUGACAAACCUGGAACCAGUGGAUAGUCUCAUCUGCAUAUACAGAUGAGAAAAAGGCCUGGAGGAGGGGGAAUGACUUGCCCAGAGUCACACAGUAAAUAGCAGGCCUGGCCUUUCAAAAUUGGUUUUUCUCACUCCUAAAUCUGCACUCUUUCUACCGCACUAAACUUCCUUUUGAAAAGAUUUCUACAAAAUUUCCCAGAUGCAUACAAAGGUUAUAAAUAAAAAUAGAGUCCGGGCAUGAUGGCCCACACCUGUAAUCCCACAGAACUUUUGGAGGCCAAGGCAGGAGGAUCGCUUGAGUCCAGGAGUUUGAGACCAGCUCUGGCAACACUGUAAUACCCAUCUCCACAAAAUAAUUUUAAAAAAAUUAGGGAUCCCUUGAGCCUGGGAAGUUGAGGCUGCUGUGAGCUGUGAUUGCACCACUGCACUCCAGCCUGGGAGACAGAGCAAGAUCCUGUCUCAAAAAUCUGUAUGUAUAUAUAUGUGUGUGUAUAUGUAAAUAUACACACGUACAUGUGUAUAUAUGUACGUGUGUGUGUAUAUAUAUCAUGAAAGGAAAUGAGUAUUGUAAUUUUAGGAGUUCAGAGUAUGGGGAGAGUGUCAGGAAGGACUCUGGAAGGCAUUCUGCUUUUUCAUGGCCUGGGUAGUGAUUGAGAAUUUUUUUGAUACUAUACAUUUAUAUUUUAGACUCUUUUUUUGGAUUUGUUAUAUUCUGCAAUUUUUAUAAAAGCUAAAACACAUGUAUAUGUAUAAAAUGUGCACUUACAAAAUCAUUUAUCCAUGGUUUUGCUUAAGAAAGUACUAGAACACUACCACUAUUCCAAUGAUUACACCUUUAUCUUAUCA